AUGGAGAAGCUUCCUGAAGAUUUGAAGAUUGAAAUACUUGUUCGCUUGCCUGUGAAAUUCCUGACGCGUUUAAAGCGUGUCCAAGUCAGGUUCUGUUUGAUAUGUAGCCCUAAUUUCUCCGAACUUCAUUAUCAGCGAACAUCAUCCCAACAAUACAGCCAUCGAUUCCUUUACAAAAUUGCUUCAGAAAUUCGAUCCAUAGAUAUCAAUUACACAUCCUUUCAUGAUGAUUCCGCUUCUGUAAAGCUCCAUUUCCUCCUUCAUCAACCUCAUACUGAUUUUCGUAUUCUGGGUUCUUGUCGAGGCCUUGUGCUUCGCUUGCUCGAGACAGAACAGAAACUUUUCUCGUGGAAUCCCUCCACCGGUUUCUGCAAACGCAUCCCACCACAUCCUCGUCUUUCGUGGAAAUUUGUAGUUCCUUGUGGCUUUUGUUACGAUGAAUCCACUGAUGAUUACGUACUUCUGCUUGCCCAUUAUGGUUCCUUCGGUUUAUUUACAAGCUUUGAGGUUCUCUCUCAGAACCAAUUCAUCUGCAAAACUGCCUCUCAAUUACCAUCCUCAUCGUACUAA